AUUUCAUUCCUUUCUCCAGCAGCUCCAAUAGACUAUUAUUGUUGAUCUUUCUUUUAGUUGUUGUUUUUCAGGGGACAGUUGUUUAUUUAAAACAGAUACACAUUUUUUAAAGGGAUUUAAAUAAAGCUGCAUGAUUUCUCUGCUGCACUGGGUGAACAGUUCAGUGACACCAGUGAGAAUCACAGGCAUGGAUCUGAGACCGGAGCUCCCCACGGUCUCCUCUGCCUCUCAAGUCCACGCAGGAGCGGCUGCAGCAGCUGCGGCGGCGGCGGCAUCCAUCCCGGUGUCCAUGGCCGGGAGCCUGCUGCGCGGCCCUCCGCUGCUUCUUCGCGCCGCGGACAAGUACCCGCGCACCCCGAAGUGCGCCCGCUGCAGGAACCACGGCGUCGUGUCCGCGCUCAAGGGCCACAAGCGCUACUGCCGUUGGAAGGACUGCAUGUGCGCCAAGUGCACCCUGAUCGCGGAGCGGCAGCGGGUGAUGGCGGCGCAGGUGGCACUGCGGCGGCAACAGGCGCAGGAGGAGAACGAAGCCCGGGAGCUGCAGCUGCUCUACGGCACCGCGGAGGGACUCGCUCUGGCCGCCGCCAACGGCAUCAUCCCCCCGCGUCCGAACUACGAGGUGUUUGGUUCUGUGAGCAGCGAGAGCAACUCAGAUUCAAGUAUCCAGAAGUACGAGCUGUUUCCAAAGAGCCAGCACUCCGGCUCUGCCACGCCACAGCAGUCUGUGGGGAAACCGACAUCCACUGAGAGCGACUCGGCCCCGGGCAUAUCUUCUCCUGACGGUCGACAUGGAGGCUCGGGUUCGGAGAACGGAGACAGCGAGUCUUUCAUCAACUCGCCGGUGUCCAAGCCUUUGAAGGACGGAGAGGAGACUCCCGGCUCGGUCAGCUCUCUGGGCUCUGACUCCGGCUCCGAGACCGACAAAGACGACCAGGAACCUUCUCCUUCCUCUGCGGCCUCCCGGCACAUGAACGCCAUCGAUAUCCUGACCCGGGUUUUCCCCAGCCACAAGCGGAGCGUCCUGGAGCUGGUCCUGCAGGGAUGUGGUAAAGACGUGGUUCAGGCCAUAGAGCAGAUCCUCAACAACAGCGACACACAUGGGGCCAACAAAAGCGGGUCGGAGGAGACGUGGACGGCGGAGAGGAUGCUCCAAAACGCCCAACAACCACCGCCGUCCUCCACGUCCACAGCCGCACCAACAAGGCCCAUGUUACCGGGAGCCAUGACGCUGAGUAACCGCUCUGCCUUCUCGCCUCUCCAACCGAACUCCCCGCACUUCGGCACCGACCCAAGCACCUAUCCUCUGGGUACACACCUGGGACUGAACCCGCUGCGGCUGGCCUACUCUGCCCACAGCCGGGGACUGGCUUUCAUGACGCCCUACUCCACCACCGGCCUGAUGCCCACUCUGGGCUUCAGACCCCCGAUGGACUACGCCUUUAGUGACCUGAUCAGGGACAGGACAAUGUUACACAAAGAGCAGGGCUAUGCCGGCGGCCUGUACGGGCCUUUGGUCAACAACACGCCGGACAAGCAGUGAGGCUGCUGGACUGACCACACACACACAUCCCGCUGUAUUUGUAGCCACAAGUGUUGAAUGUUCUGGCUUAAAAUCUUGUGAUGUGUUUGGGCUACAGAUUUUUACUGUAAAUUAUAGGAUUAUCUGACUUGUAGUCAAAUGGUGAGAGCGGGAAAGACUCAACUCACUUAUGUGCAAGUUUUAAAAGUGAUUUUAUUUGUUAGAAGACAAAACGUUUGGGAGACAUUCCUAACUGUAUAAGUCUGAUCAUUAUAUUCCACCAAUAAAAUAACAUGACAUUGAAAAGAUAUUUAUAGACUACUCAGUAAAUGGUGACCAAACUGGGGGAAAUGUAAAACCCAGAUGCACAAAAUACUUAAAUUAUAGAUGAUUUCGUCGUCGUCGAUUUCACUGUCAGCUCUGCUGGAUGUAAAAGAAAUGGAAGAUACGUAGAAAUAAUUUACUAGACUUAUUAAUACGAGAUUUCUUUUUCUUUUAAAUAAGCCCAACAAAAAUUUCAUCUGAUUGUAACUGCGAUCAAAAUAUGACUUUGAUUUUUUUUUAAAAUAUGCAUUACAGUCUCUCUCACACAUAUGGAAUAAUACAAUUAAGUUAUUAAAACCUGUAGUUUACAUAUGUUAACCCUGUUCCCCCCGCUGUAAAAGUUGAACUAAUGUUUUGUAAAUGACAAGUCUUUUUCUUUUUGUUUCAUUUCACUUAUCUCGCAUUGUUUAGUUUCAUUACUGCUUGUAUUAUAUAUCGCAUUUGGUAACGAUGAGAUGAUGCUAUGCUAUAUUUGACUUUUCAUUUAUCUUUGUUAGUCAGCUCAAACAUUUUUGUGACAACGUGCUGGGUCAAGUCAGUUCCUCUUCAGAUGUUACAAGCUGUGCUGUCACAUUGUAUGAAUAUGCUGGAAAUAAAUGUUAUUUUAAAGAAAA